CCCAGGGAUAGAAAAUGUCCCCAGUGGUCUCUAAAAGUGCUUGUGCAACAGGCUACUGGCACGCCAAUGCCUCGGGCCUGUAUUCUCUUAGCACUUCCUGUGGGUAUAGCGAGAGGAAGUCUGAGGGAAAUGCACUGCCCUCUUGCCCUAGGGACACACAACCAGGAAAGGGGACAGGAGGCUGCUAGCAUCCCCCAGUACCAGAGGCCUGCUAUACCAUCAAACUUCCACUUCCGCCUCCAAAGUCCACCCAGGACUCACCAGGGAGGAACGUGGGGCCUGUCAGGCCACCUGGGCUUCAGGCCCAUAAAACUUUAUAGUCCUGAUGGCUAUAUGUUGCAGCUCCCUCUUGGGUCCCCUGCUAGUGAUUUCCAGAUGUGCAGGGACAUCAUCUUAGGUCCUUUUGAAGACUUAACCACGUUAGUGGGAGUUAUAGGUGAUGGUGCUAGGCCAAGCCUCUCUGUGAUGUAAACAAGUACUCUGAGACGAUGGAUCAAAAGUGGUCCUUGCAUGCGUGCGUGUGCGUGUGCGUGUGCGUGUGUGUGUGUGUGUGUGUGUGUGUGUGUAAGGGAGGGUAGAUUAAUAGAUUGAUGGAUAGAUGAUUAGAUGGAUGGGUAGAUGGAUAGAUAUAUAGGUGGGUGGAUGAUUGGAUGGAUGGAUGGAUGGAUGGAUGGAUGGAUGGAUGGAUGGAUGGAGAUUAGGCUCAACCUCUGGAGCCUGAUGACCUGGGCUCAAACCACAUCCAAAGCAAAUGUUUGUGUCCUAGUUUCCCCAAGUGCAAAACGGGGUCAUAGCUCUACCUAAUUCAGGCUCAAUGUGACUUACCACUCUCAAGGUGGUUCUGGCUGGCGUUGAACAAGCUCUAGGUAAUGGUUGACGGCUCCUGAAUGUUCUUCGAACUGGAUAUCGCCCCCCCCCAACACAAUACUUUCCUUAGAUCUAAUUCAUCUGUGAGGCAGCCAACCAAACACUGUCACCAAAAUAAUUCCCUGUUUUGUCGAGUGACACUUUCAGGGUGCACACAUCCCUCCUCUAAGCCUCUGCUGUGUGAGUCAGGGCAGGAAAAACCCUCAGGACAACAGCCUUCCAACAGUUCUGUAGGGGAACAGUAGUAGGCUAGGUGGGUACAGCACGCCUGACUAUUCUUGGUAGCCUCAGGACGGUUUUCCGACUGACUUCUUCCCAUACCGUCCUGUCCCUGCUUGACACCCGAACACAGAGGCCCUUUUACACAUUGAUUCCUCAUUGCCACAAAGUCCAAAAUACACCAAAUCUCAGCUGUCCAAAUAUUUUCCAGGACUGGCUACUAAACGAAUGUGAAUUUAUUCAGUUUUGUCACCAGGCAGGAUGAAAGGGGCUCUGAUGGGGAGGCUUUGGGGGACAAAAGUAAAAAGCUGGGGUCACCAAAUUAAUAACAACGAGGUCAGCAUUCUAGCCUUCAUGCUGAGGAAAAUUUAAUAUAAUCAAAAUAAAAUAACAUUUUAAGAGCUUUUGGGCAAAACCGGGAGAUGCCACCAGUAUCUUUGUAAAAAGGAAAAUGACACAGUGUUGAUUUUCACCAGCAGGUGGCAGUAGAGCGAUAAGGGUAAAUUAACAUCGUUUAAAGAACAACUUCACGACGAGAGACAAUCUCCCCCAACCUAGUUAAAGCUUGCCUAAAGCAGGUUAAAUCCAGGUCUUACCACUAAACCUGGACAUACAAGGGUGUGUUAACCUUUUUAAAUUUCCCCUGGACUCUGCAUACAGAAAAAAAAAAGACUUCUUUUAAAUAAUUUAGUAGUUAUAACCCCAGCAGCCCAGAGGACCUUUAGGAGCCAAAAGCUGUUCAUGCCUUUGAGUUUCUGGGAAGAGCACAGGUAAGUUUAGGGAAAACGAGUCAUCUUUGUGCUGUGGGGUUUCCCAAUAUGUUCUCGCACUGCCUCUGAGACCCUCCUAACCUUUCAGAUUUCCCAAGUAAGGGCAGGGAUUAUUGGGCAAACAUCCCCCUUGUCCAUCACCCUUUCUGCCUCACUGCUGUCCACAUUAGAACCCAAGUGCCAUGCUUCUUUACUCUGUGUCCUGGUUUAGGAUGCUGUUGCUGCCAUGAAACACCAUGACCAAAGCAACGUGGGGAGGGAAGGGUUUGUUCAGCCUACACUUCCACAUUGCUGUUCAUCACCAAAGGAAGUCAGGACUGGAACUCACACAGGGCAGGAACCUGGAGGCAGGGGCUGAUGCAGAGGCUGUGGAGGGAUGCUGCUUACUGGCUUGCUUCUCAUGGCUUGCUCAGCCUGCUUUCUUAUAGAACCCAGGACCAUCACAAAGGGAAGGCCAGCGCCUCCCCCAUCAUCACUAACUAGGAAAAUGCCUUACAGUCAGAUCUGAAGGAGGCAUUUUCUCAAAGGAGGUUCCCUCCUUUCGGAUAACUCUAGCUUGUGUCAAGUUGACAUAGACCAGACAGCACACUCCAUUGAGGCACCACACAAUGAAAGGAAACUCAGGAACUGGUGGAAGGGGUCGACGGAACAGUGUUAAUUAAAAUGGUAUUGGUCACAAUACCAUAAAGAGAUGGCGACAUGGAAGCCUGAACCAGUCCUUUUAGAUUCAGGAUUUGUGCCAAAAGAAGAACUCAGCACACAGUCUUCGGAGCCAGUGUUGCAGGGAGACCCGAACUGCAAAAUUGAUUUGUCGUUCUUAAUUGACGGGAGCACCGGCAUCGGCAAGCGCCGCUUCCAGAUCCAGAAGCAGUUCCUAGUGGAUGUCGUCCAGGCUCUGGACAUCGGCCCUGGUGGUCCCCUCGUGGGUGUUGUUCAGUACGGAGACAACCCUGCUACCCAGUUUAACCUUAAAACUCACAUGAAUUCUCAAGAUCUGAAGACAGCUAUAGAGAAAAUUACCCAGAGAGGAGGCCUUUCUAAUGUAGGCCGCGCCAUCUCCUUUGUAACCAAGAACUUCUUUUCCAAAGCAAAUGGAAACAGGGGUGGUGCUCCCAAUGUGGCUGUGGUCCUGGUGGAUGGCGGGCCCACAGACAAAAUAGAAGAGGUGUCACGAGUUGCAAGAGAGUCGGGGAUCAAUGUCUUCUUUGUCACCGUCGAAGGGGCUGCUGAAAGGGAGAAGCAGCAUGUGGUGGAGCCCAAUUUUGCCAGCAAGGCAGUGUGCAGAACAAAUGGCUUCUACUCCUUCAACGUGCAGAGCUGGCUCAGCCUGCACAAGACCGUGCAGCCCCUGGUGAAGCGAGUCUGCGACACUGACCGCCUCGCCUGCAGCAAGACCUGUUUAAACUCUGCCGACAUAGGCUUUGUCAUUGAUGGCUCAAGCAGCGUGGGGACAAGCAACUUCCGCACGGUCCUGCAGUUCGUGGCCAACCUCAGCAAGGAGUUUGAGAUUUCAGACACCGACACUCGCAUCGGGGCCGUGCAGUACACCUAUGAGCAGCGGCUGGAAUUCGGGUUCGACAAGUAUAACAGCAAAGCCGACGUCCUCAGUGCCAUCAGGAGGGUGGGGUACUGGAGCGGGGGCACCAGCACAGGGGCUGCCAUCCAGUAUGCCCUCGAACAACUCUUCAAGAAGUCCAAACCGAACAAGAGGAAGGUAAUGAUCCUUAUCACCGACGGCAGGUCUUACGAUGACGUGCGGAUCCCAGCCAUGGCUGCCUACCAGAAGGGGGUGAUCACCUACGCAAUAGGCAUCGCAUGGGCUGCUCAGGACGAGCUGGAGGUAAUUGCCACGCACCCUGCCAGGGACCACUCCUUCUUCGUGGAUGAGUUUGACAACCUCUACAAAUUCGUCCCCAGGAUCAUCCGGAAUAUCUGUACAGAGUUCAACUCGCAGCCUCGAAACUGAGUUGGGAGCAGACAGAACAGCAAAUGCUGUCUCACUGAUCCUUGGGACCAUCCCCGGCAUGGUCCGUAUUUGGGGUUGGGGGGAUGAGGGGGCGAGGGAUGGCUCCGAGAGAGCUUGGGAAAAUGCACUGGGUGUUAUUACUCUGCCACUGGUGGUGUAAAUGCUUCAGAACCUACCAGUCAAAAGGCUGACUGUCAGCUCUCAGGUUGGGUUCAAAUCCUGCAUCGCCUUGUGUGUGCUGAAGAGUCCACAUUUCCACAGUUGUUUUCUAAAUACGUAUCCAGAGGAGAGUACAGCUCCUAUGACAGCAGAGGAGGGAGGGUACAGCUCCUAUGACAGGAAAGCAUUGAGCGUUUAUGGGAAGUUUGUUUACGUUUCUCAUUAGAACUCUAUAACUGUCCAUAAGUUUCUUUUUAUUGUGUUCUCCCUUUUUUUUUUCCUUUUUUCUUUUUUGUCCUGAGAAUGUGGGAACUGCUUAAAUAAAUGUUUCAAAGAA